AUGAGAUUGAUGCAGGUUCUCGCGGUUGAUCUUUUGAACCCUUCGCCGGCCGCCGAGGCCAAGAAGCACAAGCUCAAGACUCUGGUCCCGGCGCCCCGAUCCUUCUUCAUGGACGUCAAGUGCCCCGGUUGCUUCACUAUCACGACCGUCUUCUCACACGCCCAGACCGUCGUCAUCUGCCAGGGCUGCACUACGGUUCUGUGCCAGCCUACUGGUGGCAAGGCCAGAUUAACCGAGGGUUGCUCUUUCCGAAGAAAGUAA